UACUUUUCAUAUCACGUGUGACGACUGCUGUAUGAGCAGUUCGCUAUCUCAAAAAACAAUAAACAUAUCUCGGGUCACGUCCCAUCUCUCCCCGAUUCCAUUCCUAUCUCUCUCCACCAGAUCUGGGUCGACAUUUCUUCUCCGUCUCUCGCCGGCGAUCGGAGCAGGACUACCGACUUUCUUAGUCUGUGCAGCUCAGUUGUAGCGGAAGCACACUUGCUUCCAAGGAAGCGAGAGCAGAGGCCAUGGCGGAAACCGGAGAGGCCACCGCGACCGCGCGGUCUUCUUCGCCGCUCCACGUCGUGGUGUUCCCGUGGCUCGCCUUCGGCCACAUCAUCCCCUACAUGGAGCUCUCGGAGCAGCUGGCGCGGCGCGGGCACGCCGUCACCUUCGUGUCCGCGCCGAGGAACCUCGCCCGGCUGCGGCCCGUCCCCGAGGGCCUCCGCCCCCGCAUCCGCCUCCUCCCCCUGCCAAUGCCGACCGUCGACGGCCUCCCGGACGGCGCCGAGUCCACGGCCGACGUCCCGCCCGAGAAGGGCGACCUCCUCAAGGCCGCGUUCGACGGCCUCGCCGCACCUUUCGCCGGCUUUCUCGCGGGAGCCUGCGCUGGCGGCGGCGGGGAGGGCGAGGGCGCGACGGGGUUCGGCAAGAAGCCCGACUGGAUCUUCGUCGACUUCGCGCACCACUGGCUCCCGCCCAUAGCCGAGCAGCACAAGGUACCGUGCGCGCUCUUCUCCAUCUUCCCGGCGGUGUUCAUCGCCUUCGCCGGCACCAAGGCGGCGAACGAGGCGCGCCCGCGGGUGACGGCGGAGGACCUGACGGCCCAGCCGCCGUGGAUCCCGUUCCCGACCCCCAUAGCCCACCGCCUCUACGAGGCCGAGCAGAUGGUCUACGUUUUCCGGCCCAACGCCUCUGGCGUAUGCGACGCCUUCCGCUUCUGGGAGACGGAGCGGCAAUGCCCGCUCUUCAUCCUGCGCAGCUGCCGCGAGGUCGACGGCGCGCUCUGCCCCCUCAUCGCCGACCUCUUCGGCAAGCCCCUCGCCCUUUCCGGCCUCCUCGCUCCUUACGACGCCGCGCGCGCCGCCCAAGAAGCCGGCGGCGAGGGCGACGACGAGGAGAGCGCGAGCCUCAUGCGCUGGCUGGACGAGCAGCCGGCGAGGUCGGUGCUCUACGUCGCGUUCGGGAGCGAGGCGCCGCUGACCCCGGACAACGUGCGCGAGCUGGCGGCCGGGCUGGAGCUGUCUGGCGCGCGGUUCCUCUGGGCGCUGCGGGAGGCCAGCGCUCCCCUGCUCCCCGGCGACGGGUUCCAGGAGCGCGUGGCCGGGCGCGGCGUCGUGCGCGCCGGGUGGGUGCCGCAGGUGCGCGUGCUGGCGCACGGCGCGGUGGGCGCGUUCCUGACGCACGCCGGGUGGAGCUCGCUCAUGGAGAGCUUCCUGUUCGGCCACCCGCUGGUGAUGCUCCCGCUGUUCGCCGACCAGGGCCUCACGGCGCGCGUCAUGGCGGCGAGGGCGGUCGGGCUGGAGGUGCCCAGGGACGAGCGCGACGGCUCGUUCGGCCGGGCCGACCUCGCCAGCACGGUGCGGCGGGUGAUGGCGCGGGAGGACGAGGAAGGGAGGGCACUCGCGCGCAACGCCAGGGAGUUCCAGGAGAUGCUCUGCGACCGGGCCAGGCAGGAGGAGUACGUCGACGAGCUCGUGGAGCACCUGCGGCGACUGCCAUAGGGAUAGGGGUGCAGUUCUGCUCGCAGCCUCUAGGUGAAAAUAAGCAGUGCCAUAAAACCAUGGAAUAAAUGCACUGCCACUCGUGUCUUCA